UUCAUUUCGAUUUUAGGAACCCUACUUCAGCUUUCACAAUUAUUUCCUAAUCAUCUUCUCGUUUCCGAAAAUUAAGUGCUGAAUUGGCAUUGAAAGGCAGGCAGCUUGUUCGAAGACUCGAAUUCAAAGGUCUUGUUUAUCAAAAACCCCAAUUGUUGGAUUAAAGCUGCGAGCUUGGCUCAUUUCACCGAAUUGCAGCUUUGAUUUCCGGAUUGGAGAUUGAAUUGCGGAUUGAUCUCCGUCGAUGGUAGAUCAAGAAGACGUGGAGAUGAAGAUGGCAUUGAGACAUGACUCACAGCCGCACGAAUCGCCGGAGCCGAAGAGGAGCAAGCCCAGGGACAGUUCCGGUGGGGAGGAUUCCCAGCGGCGUAUGCAGCGGGAAUUGAGGGCGGAUGCUGCGGAGAAGCGGAUGGAGGCGGCCAGAGGUACUGCCUCAGCUGCGGGGAGUAGUGUGGUAGGGAGUGGGAAGGGUGGGGAAGUUGAACAGCAACGGUUAGCGGAGGGGCAGAGUGUUGCUGCGGCGGCGGCGACGGCAACGGCGGUGGAGAAUGUAGAGAGUGUAGGAGAUGUGAAUGUUCAGGAGUUAGAGGGUGCUAGUAUUAGAGGUAAAGGUGUCGCCGGUGUGGAGGGAAUGCAGAGUACAAGUGGAAUUUCUGACAUCUCGUUAUCGGUGUUGGAAGCUGACGAGCUCUUCUUCAUGAUUUUUGGCAAUGGAGUUUCGAAAGAUGUGCUUUCGCAGUGGACCAAUCAGGGUAUCAGGUUCAGUGAUGAUCCGGAGACAUCCAUGGGACUUGUACAGCAUGAGGGUGGGCCCUGUGGCGUGUUAGCAGCAAUACAAGCAUUUGUACUUAAGUAUCUCUUGUUUUCUCCAGAAGAUAAUGUUAAUGCUGCACAUCAUAUGUCAAAUUUGUCUAUGAGAAGACUGCCCAUAAAUGAAUUUGUUGCUGCAGAUAUUUUCUCAUCACUUUCGGAAGAGAAAAAAUCCAG